AUGGCUUCCGCCGAUCCCUUCGACUCGGCACUCGACCUCCUCCGCCGUCUCAAUCCCAAGCACACCCAGCGCAACCUCGACUACAUCAUCCGCCUCGCCCCCGACCUGACAGAGGACCUCCUGUCGUCCGUCGACCAGCCCCUCGUCGUGAAGCGCUGCAAGCAGUCCGGCCGCGACUACCUGCUCUGCGAUUACAACCGUGACGGCGACUCGUACCGGUCGCCAUGGUCCAACCAGUUCGACCCACCGCUGGAUGAGAGCGGCCCGGGCGGUGUAGGCGCGGGAGGCAAUGAUGGUGCGGGCGAGGGGGCGGUUCCUGGUGAGCGGGUUAGGAAGAUGGAGAUCAAGGCCAACGAGGCCUUUGAUAUCUACCGCGAGUUGUACUAUGAAGGGGGCGUGUCAUCGGUGUACCUGUGGAACCUCGACGAUGGCUUCGCAGGCGUUGUCUUGCUGAAGAAAUCCUCCCCCUCCGGUGGCAGCAGCUCUGGCGUCUGGGACUCGAUCCAUGUGUUCGAGGCCAGCGAGCGGGGACGCACGACCAACUACAGGAUGACCUCGACGGUGAUGCUGUCGCUGGCGGCAGCGGGAUCCGCAACAUCAACGCUCGGCGAGAUGGACCUGAGCGGAAACAUGACGCGCCAGAUCGAGCAGGAGCUGCCCGUCGACACGGAUGAGAGCCACAUCGCCAACAUCGGCCGUCUGGUCGAGGACAUGGAGCUCAAGAUGCGGAACCUGCUGCAGGAGGUGUACUUCGGCAAGGCCAAGGAUGUCGUGGGCGACCUGCGGAGCGUGGGCAGCUUGAGUGAGGGCCAGAGGGACCGGGACGCGCAGAGGGAGAUCAUCGGGAGUAUGCGGAGGUAGUAGUUGAGCGUCGGUCUAGGAGCGGGCACCUUUGGCACCUUUUAUGCCAGAUCUACCCUUCUGCCUUCACCAGUCACUUCUAAACAGCGUCUGUUCAAGUGGUUGCGUGCCCUUAGUUGGCGGCCUAUGCCAGAUUAAGAGUAUAGAACACAUACUGAACUGUGUCAUGAGGCCAUUACACAAAGAUGAAUAAUAUGUAUUGGCUCUCAUGACUUAUGGCAGUCUCAAGAGGUAAAUAUCCUCGUCUGACUUUUGUUCUUUUAUAUAUAUAUAUAUCCCUUCUUU